GAGUCCAUACGUAUAUAAAGGUAUGUCGUUGGCACAACGUGCACCACAUUUAAAUAAGAAUCUGAUUCCAAAAGAAACAAAGAAAUUGUCAACGGUUAAACUCGAUAUGUGUACUACGACGUUUACGGAGUAUUGCUAUCACUGUACAAUUCACGGUUUAAAAUAUAUUGGCGAUAAGUCCUUGCCUAAUUUUGAACGAAUUUUUUGGAUAUUUUCAUUUUUAAUGGCGAUAUUCGGCGCAGCUUACUUCAUCUGGCAUCUUUAUACUAAAUACUUAUUAGCGCCAAUUAUUAUAUCUCGCAGCUCCGAAUCCGUUUCUAUCGAUCAAUUUCCCUUCCCAGCACUCACGGUUUGUAAUAUGAACAAUGCCAAAAGAUCCGUCGCUCAAGAAAUAAUCAAAGGAAACAAUUCGUUGCAGAAAUUUUUUCUCGAAGAUAUUUGCAAUUUCAAAUCAAAUUUAACUUCUGUCCAACGCGAGGUAACCGAAGAAUCAGGAGAAUGGGAAAAUGUAUAUAAAUUUUUAUUAAAUGUGUCUCAAGAUUGUUCUCAAAUGCUUCAUCAUUGCGAAUGGCAUGGAAAUAUGACAAAUUGCUCAGACAUUUUUAAUCCCGUUCUAACGGAUGAAGGCUUGUGCUGUAAAUUUAAUUCGGUACCGCAUUUACUACAUGAUCCGAGGAUUUGGGAUAAGUUACGCAUAUCAUACGCAUCUGAAAAGCACAUCGAUUGGACUCCCGAGUAUAAAUUUAGUAAAAACGAUCCUCCAACGGCUAUUCCUUGGCGGGCUUAUGGUAGUGGUGCCAGUUACGGUUUAACAUUGGCACUCGAUGUUGAUUCCGACGAAUAUUAUUGCUCGUCUACCGCCAGUGUCGGAUUUAAGAUGCUGCUUCACAGUCCAGUGGAAAGUCCGCAAAUAAGUGACUUUGGUUUCACAUUGUCGCCGGGGAAAGAGACACGUGUCAUAAUAACUCCCCACAUAACCGAGGCUGACAAAUCAAUCAUGAACAUUCCACCAAAAAAACGUCGCUGCUUCUUUCUCAAUGAGAAAAAAUUACGUUACUACAGAACCUACACGCAGCGAAAUUGUCUUCUCGAAUGCGAAGCAAACUUCACACUCGAAUACUGCCAAUGUAUGCAAUACUACAUGCCCGUUUCAAAUGAUACAAGAAUCUGUGGAAAGAACGAUGAUCAGUGUGCAAUAAAUGCUCGAAAAUUCAUGAAAAAUAAAUUGUACGAAGAAGACGAGGUUAAAGCUUUCAAUUUUACCGAAGCACCCAGUUGUAAAUGCUAUCCUGGCUGUAACGAAAUCAAUUAUAGCACAGAAAUUUCACAAAGCAUGUUAUUGGCUACAUUUGAAAUCCCAGAGGAAUAUUUCAAAUAUGAUAGAGCAUAUUUUGAAAAAAAUAUAGCAGUGGUACACAUUUUUUUCAUCGAUGAUUCGUAUGUGAAAUAUACAAAAAAUGAAUUAUACGGAUUUGCAGAAUUACUAUCCAAUACUGGAGGACUGCUAGGUCUAUUUAUGGGUUUUAGUUUAUUAUCGAUAAUAGAAAUAAUUUACUAUUUCACUAUUAGGCUUUGGUGGCGUAUCUUCAAAAACAAAAAACGAGAAAAUGAUAGAAAUAAGUUUAUCGUGCAACCAAUUAUGAACAAACUUGAUACAAUAUAUCCUUUCAUAGAAUGA